UUUGCUUAAAAUAUGAAUGAUAUAUCAACUGAUUAACUUCAUUAUAAUAGUUUGUCUGACAAUAGUAUCCAUACCAUGAAUUUCAGUUUAUUAUUUGAAUAUUAUAAAGAUAAAUUCUAAAGAGGACCUAUUAGCGCAAGAAAUUAACAAAAUGGAUACUAAUGGGAAUAAUUAUUUUUUGUUUUUCUCAGUGAUAUCAGGAGAGUCAUUUUGAUCAAACUGCAUCAAUGAGACGUGGAAAAUGUUCAUUCGAGUGCGUUUUUGUCCAAAGUUUUUAUAUCUUACGCAUGCACAAUUCUUCAACCAGUAAAUGCGUUCUUUCAGAAUGUAGAUAUCUCUUCAGUCUUUCCAAUUCCAAUCUGACGGUCGUUAAGGGAAUUUUUUCAUGAAAUCGCUGGUUGUCACAGUUUUUGACCUUCCCCAAUGCUCGUCGUCAGUCAAGAUGCUACGGCCCGGUUUGAGCUCGGCUACCCAAAAUUUUAACAUUGUAAAUGAUGAUGCAGAGACACCGUACACAUAGUUCAACACUUCUUCAAUUUCCGUAGCUGUAUUGCCCUACAAAAAUAAAUAGUUGAUGGCAGGUUUAGGUCGGAUACUUUCCAGAAAACCAUCAUAUUCAUAUGAUAAAUACAAAUUAUUACAAAGAUCUGAUCGAGAAAACAAAACACAUAAUAUGAAAAGAUUUUGGAAGCUACUUCCUUUGAACUACCUUCCCGUUAGGUGAAAUCCUAUCACUAGAAUUCAAAUGAAGUUUUUUCUCUUUUACGUUGUGUAUUAGAAUAAAAUGCUAGAAUAAUCUCUUGAGCAUAAGUAAACAUUAGAUUUGUAUAAUGAGCUAGGUUCUCAUCAUCCCUGUUUUCCGAAUGAUUUGAAAAGCUAAAGUUUUAGUUCUCAUCAGCAAUAAAAGCCGCAACACUACUAGUCUGCUUGUUCCAGCUUUCUUGAGCCCACUCUAAGUAGAAAAAAAUAAUAUAAUCCAAGUUAUAAUCAUCAAUUUUAUCUUUUAUUUUUCGUAUUUGUGAUUUCGUAAAAUGUGAUUUGGGAUUUCGCAAGCCUUUUUAUUUGAAUCCGCUGUUCACUCUUUCUUUUUUUUUGAUAUGAAGUUAGAAUAACUAUGAUGGCUGUCUUUCCAAAAAAUUACCAGUUUCUAACGCAAUUUCUGUGAAUUUCGAUAUACCAAAAUUGUCCAUAAAAUAAUAUUCCCAAUGAAUUUCACAAUCAAAAACAUAUUGAUCGGCAUUGAAUAAUACAUGAUGGGAAAGCUGAGAGUCCCGUCUAUUUUUCGACAUACUUGAUGUUCAAAUCAAUACAUUUUCGCAUGUGGUAUACCACCUUCUAUAUGCCACCGCGCCUGAACGACAGCUUUAUCUCAGGGAAAAGAUGGAGCCGCUUCCUCACGUUACCGUUUGUUGUCAUCCCUCAGCAGGACCCACCUUGAACAAACCUUGCAUAUCCUAAGCGGUCUCUCAAAAUGUUAUGAAUGCAAGACUUGGCUAAUAUCAGGGAUAAUCUCGGUGAGGUCUAGAGCCAACCACUUCAUCCGAAAAGACCAGAAAGAUGUUCGUCUGUACGUCUUCUAUUUGAUUAGCGCACGCCAGUCUCUCUAAAUCUCGCCUAACAGCGUUUUCAGCGUUUGUAACUCCUUGAGAACCUUAUUCAAUGGACAACAACUGCCUUGAGGAUUUAAUUUGAAUUAUGAAUCUAGCGGUAAUGAACUAUUCACUCACCACUUUUAGUAAAAGUCAUGAUUACUUUUCUAAACCGAUGUAAAAUUGUCAUAUUUGGUAAGUGGGAGGCAUAUGACAUGUUUGGAUAAACCUACUUUCACUUUUUCUAUCCCCGGUAAUUGUCUACCUGUUGUUAACAAUUAGGUUCCUAUAUCCAUACUUUCAGUUUUUAAUCAUUGGUCACCUAUAUUAAGAAUCUCUGUAUUGGUGAUGGCUAUUUCUGUACUGAAAAAUGAGAGCUAACCACCCCAAUUAAAUUAUAGGCGUUCUUUUCAGUUAACUUGCUGUCGUUUUCUGCCAAUGCUGGAUUUUCGUGGACUUCGCCGUUUCUUCCAAAGCUAAAUGGACACGUAGAUCCUGAAAAAAACCCCAUACCAUAUGAAAUCUCAGUUUUAGAAGAGUCGUGGAUAACGACGAUGAUGAACAUUGGUGCUUUGUGUGGGCCCCUAUGUACCGGCCAAAUCUCUAGAAAAAUUGGAAAGAAGAUGACGCUCGUGUUGUUUUCUAUACCAGUUCUUUUUUCAAAUAUAAUUUUAAUUUUUGCAAAUACAGUUUGGCACUUCUAUACUUCCAGAUUUCUUUUAGGAUUGGGUGUAGGUUGUGUUUAUUGUAUUAUACCAGCGUAUGUUGCUGAGAUAUCGGAUGUACCUAAUAGAGGAAAAAUGGGUUUAUCCACGUCCCUCAUAAAUCUCAUAAGUCAUAUAAGUGUCGUUUUCAUCGGACCUUAUGUAACCAUUAAAACAUUCGCUUACUUAAGUUUGAUCCCCACAAUCUUAUUUAUGGUAAUUCUAAUUCCUUUCAUACCUGAAAGUCCGUAUUACUUUGUAUCUCGAAAUAGAAUGUCAGAAGCUGAAAAUGCUUUGAAGAAGUUCAGGCAAACGUCAAACGUGAAAUUUGAAUUGAUUGAAAUUAGUAAUAGUGUCAAUGAGACGAAAAUAGAGGGAUCUUUCUACGACAUAUUCAGAACAAGAGUGGUUUUAAAAGGUCUGGUUGUCACUGUUGGUUUGAUCGCAGCUCAACAAGUAUGUGGCGCUCAACCUUUGAAUGCUUAUCAACAAGAAAUAUUUCGAUCCACUAGUAGUAAUAUACCCAGUGAAAUUUCAGUAAUGAUUGUUGGAAUUUUCCAAUUUAUCCCUAGUGUACUAAUUGUUUUCAUUGUGGAUAAAGUAGGUAGAAAAAUACUUUUACUACUUUCUUAUUUCGGGUUACUUUUAUCUUUAAUAACAAUUGGAAGUUAUUUUUAUUUCAAAGAACAGAAUUUCAAUGUUGAUAGUAUAUUCUGGGUUCCAAUAGCAAGUUCUUGCUUAUUUAUGGCUUCUUUUAAGCUCGGUGCUGGUCCUGUGGCUUGGUCUUAUGUGGGUGAAGUUUUUCCAUCAAAUUUACAAAUAUAUAUGAGUUCUAUCGUUACUUUUGCUAUGUUUCUUUUCGGUAUAAUUGUUACUUUCAUAUUCCCAAUUAUGUUCACUUAUAUAGGUACAGCAUGGACAUUUUGGAUUUUUGGAGUUUGCACGGCAACUUCUAUCAUAUUCAUAACAAUCAAAGUACCUGAAAUUAGAGGAAAAUCUUUCGUUGAUAUUCAAAUGAUUCUAAAAAAAUAAAUAAAAUAUCUUAGACAUUA